GGCGCGGGGCAGUGCGGUGCGGAGCGUGUAGUACGGCGUGGGAUGGCAUGCUACGGCACGGCACGGCACGCUAUAGCACAGGACGGCACAGCGCUAUAGCACGGCACAGCACGGCAUUCUAUAGCACAGGACGGCACGGCACUAAAGCACGGCACAGCACGGCAUGCUAUUGCAGGGCACAACACGGCACAGCACGGCAUGCUAUAGCACGGCACGGCUCGGCUCGCGGCGCAGCUCCUGACCCCGCUCGCUGCUCGCGGCGCUGCGGUGCCGCUGCGGCGGACCCCGGCUCCGCGCGGGGCUGCGUGUGCGGGGACGCGGGGUUCAGCACCGGCACCCGAAGGCUUCGGGGCUCCGCGGGAGGAGCUGCUGCCGUGCCGCGGGCGGGCCGCUUUCCGUGGCAAUAGGGGGACGCGCGGUGCGGGACUCGCGCUGCGUGUGUGGCGUUUUACCGAUGCGUGCGAAAGUUUUGCGACUCGCAGAGAGCGAAGUCUGUGUGCGGGAGGGUUCGGCUGCCCCUCCCCGAGCCCCAGCCACGCCUGAGAAACGCUCGGGUCCGGCAGGGAUUUUCCCUGAGAGCUUGGUGGGGAGCCGGCGUGCAUCCCGAGGCUCACGCAGCUGGCAGGGGAGCGGUGCGCUUUUCUCCUCCCUUGCCUGCAGCCCGUGGGUCUGAGUUCUGGUUGUGCGCUCGCAGCAGGGUUCCCACGAGGAGUUGCUGUGGGGUUGUGUUUAGGAUCGCUUUGGUGUGUUGGACCUCAGUUCUGGCUCUCCUCUCGGUACAGCCACGCUCUUUGUGACAGUUUUCCAUAGUCGCUCCAAUGCAAAAUCCAGUGUGGCACGUGGGCAUCGUGACCGACUGGAACAGGGGUCUGAAAUGUGCUGGGUACAGGGAGUCAGGUCUGUGUCCAGAGACGAGAAAACUUGAAUGUGUCCUGUAGGUUUGGAGUCAAAGCCAGAAAGGGGAGCAGUUGCAGCUGAGGGAUGGCAGCGCUGUGCAGUCGUGCAGGUACCAGUGCAGGAAGCUCCUGGGAGCACGGCACUGCCACGAGCAGCAUUCUGAUACGGGGGCUGUAAGGUGUGCGUUCUGUGUCUUCUGCUUCUUGGCUUUGUGGUGAGGGCGAGAAGAGUGAGGGAAGAAAUCCUGUCUCUAAAAGUCACUCUGACAGAGUUUUGUUUUAGAAAGGCAUUACUUUAAAACCAUAAGGGCCAGCAGCGGUGUGCCUUAGAGCAGUGCUGGGCGGGCAGUGCGGGGCACCGUGGCACUGGGAAAAGAUUUCCAAACAGAUAGAACCAUUCUUACAACACGAGUGGAACUGGACUGCCAGACAGUCCAGAGCUCUGUAAUGUAACCUAAGUGAUUCAUCCAAAGUAUUAGGUUUUCUUCUGCCUUUUCCUCCACGCUCUUCAAGAAGUCAGACUGACUGUGCGGGGCUCUAGUCAAGGAGAGAAGCAAGGAGGCUGCCUUGCUGCUAGCUCCCUGCAGCCCUCAGCCCCGUGUACCCAAGCUGUGUCCUGGGCUUAUUCCUAGGAGCCUCUGGAGAAGAGCAGAAGCCGUUUGUGGCCGUGAAUGCCCGUGCUUGUGAAAUGGUAGCAUGGCCUGCAGGAAUUAAAAAGAGAAAAAGCAAAGAAAAUAAGAAGAAAAUCACUAUAUGAUUUCGUGCAUUUAUUCUCAUCCCCACACAGGAGCUCCUGCUUCAGUGCUGAGAUGACCCUUGGUGUUGGAAUGACCGUGUGCAUAUAGAAAGGGAAUGCUGACUAAGAUUAGCAACAGAAUUCUCCACUGCUGAAACCUCCAUGCUAGAAGUGUCACCUCCAGUUCAUCGCACAGCGACAUCUGGGGCCUCAAAGCCUGGCACACUCUUCCCGCUGCCCGGCUCUGCCUGGAUCUGGCACUGGGGACAUCUCAAGCAGUCGCCCUCCAGCGAUGGAUUUCUCUCGGCCCCGUGUGACAAGUGUUGAGCGGCGCCUGCUCUAGCCGCAGAGCUGACGGUCUGCAGGGCAUCAAGAUGACAACCGAACCUAUCAAAGAGAUCCUGGGCAGCCCAAAGCAUGCCGACCCCGUAACCACGGAGAAGACUAAUAACAAUGACUGUGUGAUAACCACCAUCCCCCUGGUUAGCGAAUGCCAGCUGACGGCCGCCACGGGGGGGGCGGAGCUCUCCUGUUACCGCUGCACCAUUCCCUUCGGAGUGGUUAUCCUCAUCGCCGGCAUCGUGGUCACUGCUGUGGCGUACAGCUUCAAUUCCCACGGAUCGAUCAUCUCCGUGUUCGGGUUGGUCCUCUUGUCAUCAGGACUCCUCCUGCUGGCCUCCAGUGCCGUGUGCUGGAAGAUCAGGGAGCAAAACAAGAAAGCAAAGAGGCGCGAGAGCCAGACGGCGCUUGUGGCCAACCACCGAACCCUGUUUGGCUGAAGGCGGCCAGGAGGCGUGGGCAGGAGCGGAGCCUCCCCACCAGCCCGCCCGUUUGUCAUGGGACAGACCACAGCUUUCCAUUUAACGUCGGGAAUGAGCUGACACGGAAACGGAAUGGAUUAACAAAGGCUCUUAGCAAGUCUGCAAAUGCUCUUAUUAUUUUUCUCACCGCAGAUGUAAUGGUGAUCCUUUCCAAGACAGAGGAAGAAAACAAUUUUCCUGCACAGAAACCUGUUUUUGUAACUGCCAUCGCCAGAAGUGCAUUGCCCGACGUGCUGCUCGUGUUGGAAAGGGGACUCUGAGACCGAAGACCAUAAUUUGAGCUGAGUGCAAAUGCCAGGGAUCUCCUCAAACCCGCGCUGUGACAUUUGACCAAGGGAGAAGUCAUCGCAUUUGCAGUGGGUUAUGGCAGAUUCUGCGAUGGACGCUGAUACUCAACAAAAAUAGCAAAAAAAAAGCAAUGGCAACCAAGCAAACUGCAGAUUGCUCAAUAAGCUGAUUUUUAUCUUUUAUGUAACUUCCUCCCCUCCCCGAUAUCCGUGGUACUUUCCCCCCCUUUUUAAACCAACUAAUAUUAAUUUUGUCCUACUAUCGAAUAGAAAUAGGUAGAAAUCUGUAAUUAUAUUGUCUAACCUAAGUAACGAGGUAUGGUUAUAGCUUAAAAGAUAAAACUCUUCUUUUGUAAAUUAAAGUGGUCGAGUUUAGCACUUUGGAUUAUUUUGCUAUAAAAUUAAAAAGUAAGUGUCAUUAAAAUAAUAUUCAGUGCUGCUAGACAUUAA